AUGUGCCAGGCCCAUCCAGCACAUAAGAGGAGUCAGUGUUGCACAACUGAAUGCACAGCUAACGUCAGCAAACAAUCCUCGGAUACAAAUAGUCCUGACAUGGCGCCAGUGAGUACAGUGAUUGGACUGUGUCUGCUGAUUUGUGGGGUACUCCUGCCCAGUGCACAUGCUGGAAAAGUCCUUGUUGUUCCAGUAGACGGAAGUCACUGGAUUAAUAUCAAGGUCUUGAUGGUGGAACUUAUUCAGAGAGGCCAUGAGCUGACAGUCAUCAGACCCUCCAACAGUAUUUAUAUUGAAGAGUCCUCAGAACAUUUCUAUGUGGAAAACAUUCCAAUGCCUGGCGAUAGCUCCCUAAGCAAGGCUGAGUUUGAAGAAUAUUCUAUAAACUACAUUUUUCAAAUAAUUGCUAGAAAACGCACCUCCUCCUUCUCCAUAGCUUGGGACUUCAUUAAAAAUCACCAGAUUAUGGCUCAGAUGAUUUCCAUCCAAAUGACAGCAUUAUUUGAGGACAAGGACAUGAUGGAACGCCUGAGGAAUGCUGACUUUGACAUGGUCCUGGCUGACCCCUUUAAUGCAGGAGGUGUAAUGUUGGCUCACUAUCUCAAGCUGCCUCUGGUGUUUUUUGGAAGGUGGAUGCCCACAGAUGAUAUACACUUUGCUCUUGCACCGUCUCCUCUCUCCUACGUCCCGGUGCUACACUCCAGAGUGACAGACAGAAUGCUGUUCCCAGAGAGAGUUAAGAAUGUCCUCCUCUAUUCCCUGUAUUUUGUAGUCAACCAUUUUAUAGUUUAUCCAGCUUAUGAUCAGAUUGCCAAGCACUACCUUAACACCAACAUUGGGGUGUUUGAGAUGUACAAAAGAGCUGACAUCUACUUGAUGAAGGUGGACUUUGUCUUUGAGUUUCCUCGUCCAAUGAUGCCCAAUGCUGUGUACAUUGGUGGGUUCCAAUGCAGGCCUCCUAAGAAUCUGCCCCAAGAGAUCCAGGAGUUCAUGGAUGCUUCAGAAGAGGGAGUGGUGGUCUUUACACUGGGUGCUCUUGUGAAGACCCUUCCCCCCAUCAUUGCCAGAGAGAUUGCUGCAGGUUUAGCACAAUUGUCAGAAAGAGUCAUCUGGCGUUACACAGGAGAAAAAAUGGACACUCUGGGGAAUAAUACCAUGACGGUCAGUUGGCUUCCACAAAAUGAUCUGCUCAGUCAUCCAAACACCAAGGCUUUCAUUGCACAUGGUGGGGAAAAUGGUGUUUAUGAGGCCAUUUACCAUGGUGUCCCUAUAGUUGGGGUUCCCAUCUUUGGUGACCAGUAUGAGAACAUUCUACGUUUGAAGACCAAGGGAGCUUCUGUCCUGCUGGAGAAUCUAGGGGACCUGAAAGCAGAGGACAUUUUCCGUGCAGUGCGUUUGGUAAUAGACAACCCUUCAUAUGGAAAUGCCAUGAGAGAAUUAUCCAGACUGCACAGAGACACCCCUAUACCUCCCCUUAAGGCUGCUGUGUUUUGGACAGAGUUUGUUAUGCGCCAUGGGGGAGCAGGGCACCUAAGAGCAGCGGGCACAGAGCUGCCCUGGUACCAGUACUAUCUGAUAGAUGUCAUUGCGUCUCUGACCUUUGUCCUCAUCAUUUGCAUCAUCUUUGUCAAUAGAUUUUUCCGAGUCAUUGUGAAAAGAUGCUUCCAAAAGAAGCAGAAAAAAAAUAAAAUAAAUUGA